AUGACCGACCUGUAUCGUGACCCCUGGGCUAAACGCGAAGCAUGGCGCAAGCACCCGAUCUUCUCUAUGAGGUACUAUGUGCGCCACAUGUUCCCCGGUCUGGGCCUGGGCGUGACGGCGUUUGCUGUAUACUGCUUUUGGGAAAAGUACAGUAAGCCAAAGCCCGUAGCACAUGCAUCUCAUUAG